AUGACGGAAGAACUCGAGAAGUCUUCCACGGAAAACGUGACCGUCGUGACGGGCAACUUCCCCACCGUCUCCAGCCUCAAGUCCGAGGACUCGACGGAACAGUUGAUAUGCAAAACGCCACAGAAGCUGCCGAAAAAGAAAAGUGGAAAGCCCAGUGUUAGUUCGAAAAGUGUCGAAGCCGGGAGUGAGCGAGGUGCUGGCACCCGGGCCGUGGUGCUGCUGGGGCUGGCGCAAGUGGCCCUAGGCGCCGGGCUGGUGGGCGCGGGCGCCUUGGCCGUGGUCAAGGGGGCCUCGCUGUCGAGGGUAGGCGCGGGGCUUUGGGCGGGGUGCAUCGCCGUGGUCACGGGGGUCGUUGGGGUGCUCGCGGGUAUUAACGACUGCUAUGGACUUAACAAUUCUUCUGGCAGUGGGUCACUGACAGCAUUCCUGGCGCUGUCUCUGCUGUGCCUGGCUUGCGGCAACAGCGCCGCGGUGCUGGCAGCCACGGGCCUGCACCGCGACUCGCUGAGCCCGCGAGCGCCGCUCAGCAGCUUCGAAGAUGAAAUGGAAGCCUGGACGCCCGUGCUCACCAACAUAGCGCUCCUCAUCAUCGCAUCCGUCCACUGCCUGGUGUGCAUCGUCUCCAUCUACCACCUCUCCAAGCGGGUCUGUCCCUGCUUCAGGCCCAAACAGCCCUUCGACCACAACCAGUUCGACCCGACCUUUAAACCUGUUCAGCCUUGCGUCUUUCACGUGGAUGAGAUCAAGAAGGCCCAGGAUGCGGAGAAGGUCCGCGGCCACGAGCUGUGCAAAGAGUUGGAGGCAAAACUGCAGGUGGAUACAUUGAAGAAGAAAAAGGAGGAGUCCCCGGAGUUCGGCAGCGCCAACAGCAAGGAGAAGUUGGUGACGCGCUGGCUGGGGCGGCAGCACGCGCCCGCCACCGUGCCGCGCCCUCGCAGCAAGGGCGUCAGGAAGGCGCGCAAGCCACCCCAGCCGCCCCUGGUGCUGCUACCCGCGCACCCUGCCAGCACGCUGAGCCGCAUGCCGAUGGGCAUGGUGGUGCCGGCCGGGCCGCGCUACGCCACACUGCCGCUGCCGCCCUCCGCCUACGCGCCGCAACUCUACUACCCCGCGCCGGAAGCGCGCAUGCGCCGCCGCCGCUCGCCGCGCGCAGCUCGCACGGAGCGCCAGCGUCGCGGCCGCGCCCGGCGCGACGACUCGCAGCUCACGCGCUCGCUCGAGCGCAUCCACCGCAAGCGCCGCUCCGACCGGGAACACCCCACCGUGGACGACUUAAAGCGGACCUACACGGGGUUGGACAGGGCGUACGCGGAGCAGUUCAUAGCGGUGUGCGACGAGAGCCGCCACGCCGCAGAGGCGCACGACUCGUUAGCCAGCUCCGCCACCGACACCUCACACUCGCAGCACUCCACCUGACCGCCCGCACGCGUCGUCACGCCCUUUGCACUCGUGCGUAGAUCACCUCCCAUCUAACAUG